AAGGCGGCCAAGGCGGCGGGGGCGCAGCGCGCAGGCGCGGCGCGUUCCCGGCAGUGACGCGGCGGCGGGCGCGCGCCCCGCAUUUCCGCCUCUGGCGAAUGGCUCGGCUGUAGCGCGCGCCGCGGGCCCCGCUGCGACCCCGGCCCCGCCCCCGGGACCCCGGCCAUGGACGACCUAAUGCCCCUCAUCUAUCCUGUGACGGAGCCGGUGCUGGCCCCCGGCCCCUACGUGGAGAUCAUCGAGCAGCCCAAGCAGCGGGGCAUGCGUUUCCGCUACAAGUGCGAGGGCCGCUCUGCGGGCAGCAUCCCCGGGGAGCGGAGCACGGACACCACCAAGACGCACCCCACCAUCAAGAUCAAUGGCUACACAGGCCCAGGGACAGUUCGCAUCUCCCUGGUCACCAAGGACCCCCCUCACCGGGCUCACCCCCACGAGCUGGUGGGGAAGGACUGUCGCGAUGGCUACUACGAGGCUGAGCUCUGCCCGGACCGCUGCAUCCACAGUUUCCAGAACCUGGGGAUCCAGUGUGUGAAGAAGCGGGACCUGGAGCAGGCCAUCAGCCAGCGCAUCCGGACCGACAACAACCCCUUCCACGUUCCCAUCGAGGAGCAGCGCGGGGACUAUGACCUGAACGCCGUGCGGCUCUGCUUCCAGGUCACCGUGCGCGACAUCACCGGCAGGCCGCUCCGCCUGCCCCCCGUCCUGUCUCAUCCCAUCUUUGACAACCGUGCCCCCAAUACUGCCGAGCUCAAGAUUUGCCGAGUGAACCGGAACUCGGGGAGCUGCCUCGGGGGUGACGAGAUCUUCCUGCUGUGUGACAAAGUGCAAAAAGAGGACAUUGAGGUGUACUUCACGGGACCGGGCUGGGAGGCCCGAGGCUCCUUCUCCCAAGCCGAUGUCCACCGGCAAGUGGCCAUCGUGUUCCGGACCCCGCCCUACGCAGACCCCGGCCUGCAGGCCCCCGUCCGCGUCUCCAUGCAGCUGCGGCGGCCCUCGGACCGGGAGCUGAGCGAGCCCAUGGAAUUCCAGUACCUGCCAGACACAGAUGACCGUCACCGGAUUGAGGAGAAACGCAAGAGGACAUAUGAAACCUUUAAGAGCAUCAUGAAGAAGAGUCCUUUCAAUGGGCCCACGGACCCCCGGCCUUCGCCCAGGCGCAUUGCUGUGCCCACCCGGAGCACAGCUGCUGUCUCCAAGCCAGCUCCCCAGUCCUAUCCCUUCACGCCAUCCCUCAGCACCAUCAAGUUUGAGGAGUUACCCCCCAUGGUCUAUCCUCCCGGGCAGAUGCCAAGCCAGACCUCGGCCUUGGCACCGGCCACUGCCCCAGUCCUGGCCCAGGCCCCUGCCCCUGCCCCCGCCAUGGCCCCAGUGUUGGCGCAGGGCCCCCCUACCGCCACCCCGCUUCUCGCGCCUGGCCUGCCCCUGGCCACAGCCCCUCCUGCGCCCAGGCCCGCCACAGCCGGGGACGGUGCCCUGUCCGAGGCUCUGCUGCAGCUGCAGUUUGACACCGAUGAGGACCUGGCGGCCCUGCUCGGCGCCAGCACGGACCCUGCCGUGUUCACCGACCUGGCGUCAGUCGAUAACUCCGACUUCCAGCAGCUGCUCAGCCAGGGAGUCUCUGCGCCCCCCGCCGCAGCUGAGCCCAUGCUAAUGGAGUACCCCGAAUCUAUCACCCGCCUGGUAACAGGGUCCCAGAGGCCCCCUGACCCAGCUCCUGCCCCUCUGGGGGCUCCUGGGCUGUCCAAUGGGCUUCUGCCAGGGGACGAAGAUUUCUCCUCCAUCGCGGACAUGGACUUCUCAGCCCUUCUGAGUCAGAUCAGCUCCUAAGCGGGUGGCACCGGCCCUGCCCAGAGCCCUCCCUAAGCAAGCACUUAACGAUUCCAGGGGGCGGGGGGGUUCCCCAGUUCCUCCUAAUUUGUCUUCAAUGUCUUCCUAGGGCGGGCAGGGGGAGCAUUUUGUUGUUCUAUCGGCAGUGUCUUAUCUUUCUGGAGGUGCUUUGAAGAGGAAGCAUUAACUUCCCCGGAAGGAGGGGAGCUGGCUCUGUCAGCCCCUUUCUCUGCACGGACUCUGGGCACCACACCCCAUCCUCCAGCUUCCAGCAUUCUUCUGAAAAGAGGGGCAGCUGGAGGCAGGGUCUUCGAGGUCACACAGCCUUAUUACCACGUGUCUUCAAGUCCCGAGUUGACUUACACCUUGCCCCCAGCAGUGCCUGUUCAGCCCUCCGUGGCAUUGGCACCAUCCUCAGCACCAGCACCAGCACUGACGUCCUGCCUGUCCUUUCCUUGCUCUACUGUGCCUGAGGGAACCUGGGGCGCUGCGCUAGCCCCUACUGGAUCUGGAGGAGUUUGGUCCAGCAUACCCCUUUUCCCUCUUCUCAAGCGCCUUAAAGUGAGGGCAAGUUUUGGGGUGAGUUAGGGGGCAGGCUAGCAGCUCCCCAGUUGAGAAGUACGGUUUUUACCGAAGAUGCAAAGCAGUUGGACUCUUGCUCUCUUCACUCUGAACUAAUAAACUCGUUGCCAAGCUGGC